UUACAAUCAUAUCAAGAUGGCGACCUUAGAAGACAAAGCGAUCUGGGAUGACGGAGAGGAAAUCGAUGUUGAGCUACAACGCAUGUCAACUGAUGAAAUAUCAAGUCGAACGAGACUACUGGACAACGACAUAAAAAUCAUGAAAAGCGAGAUAAUGCGUGUUAGCCAUGAGCAACAAGCAAUGAAGGAUAAAAUAAAGGAGAACUCAGAAAAGAUAAAAGUGAACAAAACUUUGCCAUACUUGGUCUCGAAUGUGAUUGAGUUGUUGGAGGUUGAUCCACAGGAGCAAGCAGAGGAAGAAGGUGCAAAUGUCGAUUUGGAUUCUCAGCGAAAAGGAAAAUGUGCAGUGAUAAAGACAUCAACUAGACAAACAUACUUUUUGCCAGUCAUUGGCUUAGUGGAUCCUGAAGAAUUAAAACCUGGAGACCUAAUUGGUGUCAAUAAAGACUCGUACCUCAUCCUUGAGAAGUUGCCAACAGAAUAUGAUUCACGAGUGAAGGCGAUGGAGCUUGAUGAAAGACCAACAGAACAGUAUAGUGACAUUGGGGGACUUGACACACAAAUACAAGAGCUCAUCGAAGCUUGUGUUCUUCCUCUAACCCACAAAGAUCGUUUUGAAAACUUAGGAAUUAAACCGCCUAAAGGUGUUUUACUUUACGGACCACCCGGUACUGGUAAGACUUUGAUGGCAAGAGCGUGUGCUGCACAAACCAAGUCAACAUUUUUGAAGCUUGCUGGACCUCAACUGGUGCAGAUGUUUAUUGGUGACGGAGCGAAGCUUGUCCGUGACGCAUUUGCCUUGGCGAAAGAAAAAGCGCCCGCGAUCAUUUUUAUUGAUGAACUAGAUGCUAUCGGAACGAAGAGAUUUGAUAGCGAGAAAGCUGGUGAUAGAGAGGUUCAAAGAACUAUGUUGGAGUUGCUAAAUCAAAUGGAUGGCUUCAGUUCUCAGUUGGAUAUAAAGGUUAUCGCUGCAACGAAUCGUGUUGAUAUUCUUGAUCCAGCUCUAUUGAGAUCAGGUCGUUUUGAUCGUAAAAUCGAGUUUCCACAUCCCAAUGAAGAAGCUAGAGCUAGAAUUUUACAAAUUCAUUCAAGGAAAAUGAACGUGAGCUCUGAUGUGAACUAUGAGGAAUUGUCACGAUGCACAGAUGAUUUCAAUGGCGCACAAUGCAAAGCUGUUUGCGUUGAAGCGGGAAUGAUCGCUUUGAGACGAGGAGCCGUCGAGGUUGGCCAUGAAGAUUAUAUGGAUGGCAUACUGGAAGUCCAAGCAAAGAAGAAAGCAAAUUUGGCGUAUUACGCCUAGAGGAAGAGCAGAUGGUAAAGUGAUGUUUAGGAAUUUGUUUGCAAUAUAAAUAUCGUGAAGCAUUUACGAGGACGUCUUUGACAACUUAAGCGUUGAUUGUUUGAAACGCUUUUGUUUACAGAGUAUUUCGCGAACUACUAUUUUGUAUUAAUGAGGAACAAUAACUUUGUUUGCGACACACGAAAAACGUAAAAUGUGACGCUGGAGAAUUUUACCAAAAUCGUCUCUUUAUUUGAAUUUUUCAUUCGAGUAUAAUAUAUACAUACUUUCUCACCUUUCA